AUGCCGAUCCACGCCGCCGACCUGUCGGAGGCUGUAGCCACCUACCUGGCCGGCUUCGGGGGAAGAGGCAUCUCCCUCCCGACCGGGUCGUGUUUCCCGGUCAAGGUAUUCACCGUGGUCAAAGAGGUCGAGGCGGAUCCCGACGGUCUACCUGGCGGGCUCGGCGAGCGAGGGUCCGCCGCGGUCGUCGCGGACAGCGUCGUCGUGGAGGCGAGGGCCGAGAGCCGCAGCUUGGCGGCCCAGGGGCGGAUCGUCUCGAAGGGCGAGGGGCCCACGGAGAUCGAGAGAGCAACGGCGGCCGAGGGGAAAGAGGAGUGCCAGGGCCAGGUCGAGCAGGUGGGGCUCUUGAAGCAGAUCAGGUGGGGCGUCGUCGCGAUCGACCUGGGCGUUCGCCACUUCGGGGAGCAAUGGAAGAAGCCGGCUCUCCCAAUCGUGAAUUUCGGGGAUCCGGCGGCCCUGGGGCGGCGUUGCACGGGGCAAGUGGGCGCGCGUUCAAUGGCGAAGCUGCCGCGCCGAGAGCUGGAGGUUCGGGGCGAGGGCGGAGAGUCCUUGGCGAAUAUCGUUUGCCCGCGCCUUCAAGAUUCCGGCCGCCAGUGCGCGGCGGUAGCAGCUCAGUUCCACGAGCGCAGCUUAGAAGAGCCCUUAACAGCGGGCGUGCGAUGGGGGGUAUCUGGUCAGGGUCGACUGAUUCCUCUGCGAGCAGUUCUGCCGGCGAUUGGAUCGGAUUUCGUAGCCGCGGAGAGGUGGGGGCCCUUGUUGAGCGGAAAGUGGGGCAGGCGGGGGCGCGACAACCUGCGGGGGCGCAAGGGGGUGGCAAUGGUAGCGGGGCGCUUGUGGAGGACGCCCAGCGCGUGGAACCACCGAGUGUUCGUCUACACCGACGCCCUCAUCGCUGUCGGGGCCUUGUCGAAGUGCCGCGCAAGAGCGCGCGAGUCCCUGGGGCUCUGUAGGCCUGGUCAUGUCUUCAUUGGAUCAGGAAAGGUGUGCCAGUUCCAAGACAUUCAUUGCCUGCGUCAUCCUGCCUCCCAUGAUCUUGAGAAGGGCCUCGCGAUGAAGGCCGUCGCCGUCCACUUGUCGUUCGACGGUUUGCUUGGGGAGCGCGACGCGGCCCAGCUGCGCGAGGAGUGCUGCGCAGAGGGCACAGAUAAGGACGACGUCCAUCGCACCAUCCCGAUGCGUAACAAGUCGUACGAACUCACCUCCCACCUCGCCGAAGGGUGCGCCAACAUCCCAGAGGCUGCUCUAACGGUCGACCCGGUUCCCGCCUUUCUACCGGCGCCGGAAGACGGCCUCGCCAUCGAGGUAAUCGUCCCAUGCGGGCUGCAGAAUGGGAUCCUAGAAAACGGAUGGCCGCUCGGCCUCCCUGCCGUGCAGAUCGCCAUGGGGGGCGACGAGAACGCCGACGGGCGCUCGCCCGCGGCCUCCGUUCAGAAAUCCACUUGCGCCGACCUGGUCGCGGGGCCCAUGGGCGCCGACUGCGCCCCUGAUCGGCGCGGGCGGGGGCUCGUCUUCAACUCCCAGGCAAUUGUCGACAACGGCUGGCCCCCCCGCGCGGGGCUGCUCGGGCUCGAGGAUCGCGACACCUGCGGGCUCUGCUGGGGCACCGAGGACGACGUCGGGAUUUCCCAGGGCAUCUACGGGGACUCAGAGGACAUUUACGGGGUCGCAGAUCACAAGGGGUCGGGGUCACCGAAGGGGUCGCAGGGUAGGCUCCGUCACCGGGGUCAGAUCUACAUGGCCAUGCUGGUCGGUGCUCGGGUCCGCCGCGAGAAGCGCGCCGAGCUCGUCGCGGAUGCGACGGCCACGGGGUGCGUGCUGAACGGCGGGGAGACCAGGGGGCGUCUCACAGACUGGUUGGUCGCCCGGGGGGUCGAGCCAGAGGACGUGGCGAAGAAGGUGAAGUUCGAGCUUCCACAGCCGAAAGUCAACGCGGAGAAGCUGGAGAUGCUGGGCGACGGGAAGAUGGCGAUUAACGCGCAGACAGCCAGGGUGCAGAAGGUCGAGGAGAAGAGCGCAUCGUCGAGCGGCCCGCCUGGGCCGGUCGAGCGGGUCAGGAUCGACCAGACCGAGUUGCGGAAUAUCGAGGUCCCUGCCAGGCGCAUCCAUGCGGCCUGCGGUCGCUGCCUUCUCGUCCAGGCGGCCAGGGAGGCUCGGCACGCGCUGCCCACAGCCUGUGAUGAGGCUGCCGCCCGCGGGGGCCUGGCGGCUCUCCCGGGCUCCGGCCUCGAGCCUCACACCGACGGCUACGUGUACGGGGACGACAUGCCGGACUACCUGUUCCUCCUGUGCGAGCAGCCCUCGCCGCAGGGCGGCGCGAAUGUGCUGCUGGACGGCCACCGCAUUCUCAGCGCCCUGGAAGCCGGAGACGCCGCUGCGCAGGAGCUGGCCAGAUUCCUGGCCGAGAUCGACGUCGACCUGUCCGAGCCCGGCGAGAGCGGCAUCAUGACAG